UAUUCUACCGGCCGCUUCCUUGAUGACAGGGUCAGCAAUAUGGCGCUGUACAUGAUUUACAAAAGUACCUCAUCUGCUUAUUGAUAUGUAUUUAUCAAGUUUGCCAUCAAAUUGUACUAACUGUACAGAAGCUUCGGUUUCGGAAUUAUCUGCCCCUUCCUAUCGAGCUUUAUAGUUGACUUAAAGGACCUAAAGGACCUCACUGACCGCUCGAACAGCACCAUGUCUGGACCAAACGUCUGGAGUCGCAGCCGAGAGAAGCUAAGAAUUUUCCCCGAACUUUUUGCACAGUGCGGGGGAGAGGCAGCAGCAUAUGGGAAGUGUGUGGCAGCGACCACAACAGGCAGACAGGAGUUGACUAGGGACUUGUGUGCCAAGGAAUUUGAAGCACUGAAGACGUGUUUUACAAAUGCAGCCAAGAAAAGAGUUAAAUAAAUGGAAACCGUCCUGCUUGUGUAAGAGGAGCUAAUGCAGUGGAGUGACAUCAGAAAUCAACACUCAUUACUGUUUUGGGGCUGACACUGAGGACUUUCCAAGUGCUGAGUGGUUUCUGAUGCUGCAAUUACACAGCUUUGCUGCUGCUUAGUGCUGCGAAUCAAGUGAAUGUGUAUCACGGGUUGAAAAAUGAUCUGACAUUUUUUUAAUGACAUAUUGUUGAAAUGGAGACUGUACAGUAGCUUGCUGCUACAAAUAAAGGCCAUAUAUUUUCCAGCAAUACUGCCACUCUGUAAUAUAGAGGUGUGAAUAAAAAUUACUAUUAUAUGUAUGAACAAAGACCAACA